AUGUUAUGCAUAACGACAGCCGUAUUGGCCAAAGAGGAUGGGGUAGAGAAUCGGGCGCUCAAUGGGUUCGGCACUCAUUUGCCAAACACUUAUCACUUUGGAUACGACUCUCAGGCCAAAGACUCGCCGCGUUUGAUGCGAGAGGAGAGCCGACUGCCCGACGGGACAGUGAGGGGGAGGUAUGGCUACACCGAUCCGUUCGGUGUCUUCCGGAUUGUGAAAUACGUUUCCGGGAAUAACGGCUAUUACGCCACCGAAGAGAUCGGCGAAUACCCGGCGCCGGCGCUCACCUCCACCUCCACCUCAACGCCGCACUAUUUUAAGGCAACCGCUCCUCAGGUCGAGGAUGUGGUCAGUAGUGAAGAGCCCGACAGUUAUGGCCGCGAUUUUGUCGCCAAAUUCAAUCCCCCUCUCUAUCAUCCCGAGGCCCACACUAUGGACACCAAUGGCCGCCAGUCGGCCCCCAACGCCCCCGACGACAGUCCCGGCAAACAGUUUACUCCCGAUAACAGUCACAACAUCUUUAGCCUAAGUAAUAGCGAAGAGAUUCUCGAGAAGAAGUAUAGAGAGCGCAAGAAUUUGGCCAAAAGUCUGACCCAAAGCCACAAUAGACUGAAUUCUGGGCCCAAAGAGCCGGUGAUUGACAAAAGGGUGGGACAAGUGUUGCCGACAACGACCACAACCACUACCACUCGUCGGCCAAACCGAGUGCCGCAUCUGAUUGGCGAUAAUGUGUCCAAAGAGUUGAGACGAGAAGUGAACAGUUCUCCCAUCGAUGACAACAACCGGUCGUCCAUUAGGUUUAAUGUCAAUCAUAUCGUCAAAAGUGAUGACAUUUCCCGCAAUAGGACUCAAACUUCGAGACAAAACUCAACGCAUUUUGAGUUAAUUUCAAACCAUAGGAGAAGAGUCGGCUCUGAAAGAAGGUUUCGAGACUUUGCCAUAAAUACGGCCACAAGUGAUGACACGACUCGACGUCCCGACGACACCACUACUCAACAAAUACCCGAUAGAGUGAGUCAUCUCUACUACAGCCCGACCCGCGCGCCGGCUGUCAGUUUUGUGACGUCUGUCAGUCGGGAAAUACACGAAGAGAUCAACGAAACCGACUCUAAGAGCGGUUCCAGCGAUGAAAGCGAACGCAAAACACAUGAGUGGUAUAAAAGUGACGAUCGGUUCGCCGUUUGGACGUUCACUCCGGAGCCCACUCUUCCCGACACUAACGCCACAACUGAUGAGACAAUUGGUCUCAAAGUUGAAGACAAUGUCAGUAGUGUUAGUGAUAAGAGUCCAGAUGUGAGCGCAUUCCUCGUCAGAUCCGGUGUCCAAGAGUUUAAGACAAUCCCAGAGGACAUGACUGAAGAGGAAAUGCCUAAAUAUUUGGACAGAAAUUAUUUUUUUGAUUUACCAAAAAAUAUGCCAACAAUUAAGACAACUGUUGACUCAAAUCCCAUUGAAUACAAACCAGAGAUCAAUUACAAGACUUUUAAUAACUUUUUUAAUCGCAAUUCAAGUCCUAAUAAAGAGGAAAGCGUUGGAAGCGAUGACACAAAUGAGGCAAACAUUUAUGAAGAGGUGUUGACAACUGAACCGACAAUUACUGAGACAACACCGCAAUCGCCUCAAUACGAGUCCACACAACUCGUGGAGACAGAGCUUAAGACAAAUGGCGCCCAAAAUACAGACAAUUCAUCACCAGAUGUAACAAAAUCAGCGUUUUAUCACAAUUUGUGGUCUAAUUUGAAAAAUGAAAACAAUAGCGCUAUUAAUGAUGAGUUGAUGACCACUACUCUCAGUCCCACCACUUCUACCACUUCUGGCAAUAAUUAUUAUAAGAGUUAUAUUUUUGGUGAAUAUAAUGACCACAAGAGCCAAACCGAUCACAAUUCACAUGUUUUGAGACAUUUUGUGCAUAAUUUGAAUAAACAGUCUUUUAAUGAAAAACUGGUCGAAGAAUCGCAUGAUUUGAGUCCAUCGACAGAAACGACAACAACUUUUGAAACAACUACCGAGACAUUAGUUUCUGGUCAUAAAAGUGACAAUAAUUCACUUGAAAACAAGGAAAUCAACGAAAAGCUAUUAAACACAUCGUUUUUGACUGACUUUUGGCAUAAUCUGGACGUCAAGUCAAUUAUGUUUUCAGAGGGAGAGCCGCAAAAUGCAAGCCUAGUGUCGGCACCGGUAGUCAACACUAACACAACCACAACAACGACUACUACUACUCCUAUCACUACAACUGAAAGCCCUGUUGUUAUCAAUGAAAAUGUUUCAUUCAUUACAACUACAGAUAGUAUUGAAACUCAAACUUCAUUCACAACUCCAACUCCAGUGACGACCGAAACAAUAAGUUUGGAGUUUUUAAAUAACUUUUGGCACAAUUUUAAUGAUAAUUCGGACCAAUAUUUUAUACCCCUUUUGGACAACAAAACAGUGUCUGAAAUAACAAACACAACAUCCGAUGGUUUGUACGAAACCACCGCAUCGUUGGCCGACAUAACUCCCGAUGAGAUCAAUGAUAGACCACAAGAGAAGACCAUUGACUCAAAUAAUAACUCUUUGGCCGCAUAUGAAAGACAAGAUUUGGAUGUUUUAGAGGACAUUAAUUACGCGAUUAAAGUUGUGCCAAAUGUGAGCGCAAACGCACCCGAAGUGCACAAAAACCAAUACAUACCACCACUUCAGGCACUCUUUGGUUUAACACAACCAGUGGUCAAACGCGUCCGUAAAGUGCAAAAACACCGCUUAAGACAACUCAUCUCAAGCGCCGAUCAAUCGGAUAGGAGUAUAGAAGAGUCGGUCCCAUCGACUACAACGGCUGCGCCCGAAGAGAGUGCCGACACUUACGCCACGAUUACAUCGACCCAAACGGUGUCCACAAUCAGUGAAUCGCAAGAAUCGCCAAAAUCUAUGGCAAACACCGAUAGAGUGUAUCGUUAUAUCCCUCCCUUUCCUCCCUCUCCUCCACUCAUAAGAGACGACAACAGCGACGGAAGCUAUGAUAAAAUGCGGGCAAAUGUUGGCUCAAAUGCCGAGUAUUCCCAGACAUUGAAUGAUAUGUCAGAAAUAGUGACAACAAUUCAGUCAAUGACAAAACCAAUUGAAAAAGAGACGAUUGAAGUGAAAGAAAGUGAUUUCAACGAUAAGACAAGUGUUGUAUUCAUUGAAAGGAAGGAUAACAUGGGAUCUAAUGAAGAGUUAAAGCCCACCAUUGAGUUGAUGGCCAAAAGCGGUCAUUCAAGACAUCAACCAAAUAAUGAUAAUAGCCGUCCAUCCAAUGCAGUCGCGGCGGACCUCACGGUAUGUGUGGUGUCUAUCGGCCCGAAGACCGCCCGUACGGCCAAUCAGUUUGUGUCCCAAACGGGACGAGUAGUGCUAUCUGUGGACACAAUGCGAUGCCAUUCGCGCCACACAUACCGUAUUGAGUGUUGCGAUGGCGUCCGGCAAACGGCUCUUACGGGUCCAGUCGUGUAA